CUAUCCUCAACCAAUAAAUCUGAAAUCUGAAUUACCACAGGACAACCUGUGACAUCUAAAGCACGACGAUUAGCUCCUGACAAACUGAGAAUCGCCAGGAAUGAAUUUGACCAUAUGCUUACCCUUGGCAUCAUUCGACCUUCGAAUAGCCCGUGUGCAUCCCCACUUCAUAUGGUUCCGAAAAAGAAUAGCAACGAUUGGCGACCCACCGGUGAUUACCGGCGAGUGAAUGCCAAAACAACCCCUGAUUGCUACCCGUUGCCUCAUAUACACGACUUGACGGCAACCUUAUCCGGCGCGACUAUAUUCUCCAAAAUCGACUUGGUUAAAGCGUAUAACCAAAUCCCGAUGGCAACAGAAGAUAUCCCGAGAACGGCUAUCAUUACGCCUUUCGGACUUUUUGAAUUUCUACGUAUGCCAUUCGGUCUCCGGAAUGCAGCCCAAACAUUCCAACGCUUCAUUGACGAAGUAUUUCGCGGUCUCGACUUUGUAUACGCAUACUUAGACGACUGCCUCAUUGCCAGUCGUGACAAGGAAACUCACCUUAGGCACUUGGACUUGGCAUUUGACAGGUUACGCCAACAUGGUGUUCCCAUUAAUAUUCAAAAAUGUCAAAUCGGUGUUGACUCACUCGACUUCCUGGGUCACACUAUUGACUGCAAGGGCAUUCGCCCACUGGCUACUAAGGUCGAGGCUAUACUGAACUUUCCAGAGCCACAGACAGUGAAAAGUCUCCGCACUUUUAACGGCUUAGUAAGCUAUUAUCGACGCUUUAUUCCCAACUGUGCCUCUUUGAUUCAGCCAUUAACAGACCUCUUUCGAGGGAAUAAAAAGUCCGUAGAACUUGACGCGUCUGCUCGAAAUGCUUUUACCCAGGUUAAAAAAGCUAUUGCGAAUGAGGUGACUCUAAAGAAUAGCGGCCAAACCGAAACGACCUUCGAACAAAAAAGUGACCUUGAGCAAGGAAUCAGCUGACUGUGUCAUUUUCGGAAGCAAUCAUGGAUGUUUUCGAUUACUGUUUGGAUAACGGACUGAUAGCUUUGUCAAAAAUUUGCCAAUACGGAGAAGUUAUGCAUAUACAAAAAUACACAGAGGCCAUUGAUGGCUUUGUAUACAGAUGUAUUGAGUGCCAAAUGAUCCUUCCUCAGGAAAUCGGUUCGAGAAGGAACUUUUCUCUCUAGGUCUAAACUACCUUUGACGAAAAUUUUAAUGAUCUGUAACUUCUGGGUCCUGAAAAGAGCAGUCACAGCUACAGCUUAUGAAACAGAAAAUUCAGGUGUCAGCAGUGCAAUGGUACAACUACUGCAGAGAUGUUUCCUCCUGGAAAAUGAACACCCUGACUCAAGUUCUCGGGGGAGUCGGCAGCAUAGUCCGUAUUCAUGAGACUGUACUUGUAAAAAGGAAAUACAACCGCGGGAGAUUACAAGCAAACCAGCAGUGGAUACUGGGUAUCUACGACACGACACUGCGUAAAGGGUAUAUGGAAGCGAUUCCCAAUCGCAGUGCAGCAGUAUUAGUGCCUAUUAAUAAGCGUUUGGUGUUGCCGGGGACGACCAUUCAUACGGAUAAAUGGAGCGGAUACCGGAUACCGUCGAAUCAUGGGUACAUUCAUCAUGUUGUUAAUCAUACGGACGGUUUCCGGAAUCCUUUGGAUGGAACCCACACCAGUUCCAGUGAAAGAUUUUGGAGUCGUCUAGAAAGACGUAUAGGAGCGGUUAAUGGAUCGAGAAAUCCCAUGAUUCACAGUUACCUGGAUGAAUUUAUGUACCGAAACUGGUUUCAUAUGACUAUGAAGACUCCCAUGAGAAACUGAGAGGUUUUUUUGCAACAUAUACGCGAACGCCAUUCUUUGUAACUGUUUAUUAAGAUUGCAUUACUUCUAUAUAAACCGUUUUUUACAAUUAUGCGCCUUUCUUUUUGAGCCUUCUCAUUGGCCGAAGUUGUCCCUGUCAAGGUCAUUUUUGCGUUAAAAGGUCGU